AUGAGGUCUGCUUCUUCAAAGAUUAAGGUUUGUGCCAUGCAGAAUGAUGUCCAUGUUUGUGCAGAAUUACCAACCCUGAGCAGCUGGAAACAGCCAUCUUGCAACAAAGAGUUCAGUGACAGAAACCCAUGUCCCAUUUUAGGGGAAAUGUUAGAUGGUGCAGAAAACAGGACUUGUGGACAGAUAUUUGUGAGACAGGAGGUAGUGGUUGGCGCCCCACGUGCUAUCUCUUAUACACGAGAACACAUUCCUGCUAACAUUGGUGUUGCUGCUCAAAACUGCUAUAAGGUGCAAAGGGAGCCUUCAUGGGGAGACUCCCCAGCCAUGAUAAAAGACUGUGGCGUGAGGUGGGUCAUUCUGGGACACCCAGAGAGAAGGAAUGUCUUCAAUGAGCCUGACCAGCUCAUCAGUGAGAAAGUUGGAAUUGCUCUUGAGGCUGGGCUAAAGGUGAUCCCAUGCAUUGGUGAGAAACUUGAGGAACGUGAGAGCAACCGCACGGAAGAGGUUGUCUUUGCCCAGAUGAAGGCCCUUGUUCCAAACAUCUCCGACUGGUCCCGUGUUGUCAUUGCAUAUGAACCUGUGUGGGCCAUUGGCACUGGAAAGACUGCAACUCCUGAACAAGCCCAGGAAGUUCAUGCCAAGCUACGUCAGUGGCUUCGUGAAAAUGUCAAUGCUGAGGUUGCUGACUCGACCCGCAUCAUCUAUGGAGGAUCUGUGACCCCUGGAAAUUGCCAGGAUUUAGCCAAAAAGGGAGAUAUUGAUGGGUUCCUGGUGGGUGGAGCAUCACUUAAACCAGACUUUGUCCAGAUCAUAAAUGCUCGUGGUUAAUAUUUCCAACACGUAAUGAGAUUUAUUUUUCAGAGAACAGAUUAUACAGCAAAUAUAAUUUUUUGCCUUUUCCGAUAUAGGAAUACCAUUACAGUACAUUGGUGUUGAGAUGCCUCCAGGGGUACUGUAUUGGCAUUCUUAAUUUCAAAAUGCUUAGAAUCCUUGGAGAUAAAAAACACAUGCAAAUGAUUACUUUUUAAUUGUAAAACCUAUUUAAAUUAAAAUACUUUGCUACAAUUAAAAAAAUCUUGCAUUUAUAAUUAUAGGAAAAUGAGUGUUCCUGAUUCAGUUAGUGGGACAAGCGUCAUUUUCUUGCUACUGUUUAUCCAUCUGAUUUUUCUACUGUCCUGGAUAUUUUUGGCCUUGGUUCAGAUAGUUUGUAUAGUAAUAGCUGUAACAAUGUAAAGUACCUUGCAUCACAAUGUUUGAGGACACUCAGUUUUUUCUUUCAUUAUUGUUUGUUAAGAACUUAUGGACUGGUAAUACAUUAUCUUGAAAUUGGGCCAAUAUUAAGUGAUAUUGCUAACUGUGUUGUCAAAAUGUUGGCUUGUAAUAAAUGUUUAACUGUUUUGUUGAUAGAAAUAAAGUGCUAUGAGAA